GCAACUUUGAGUAUUUCGUCACAAUCAGUCGGAGCCCCGUGUCUCCUUUUAUCGGACGCAACAUCUCUCUACCUCCCUCUAUUGAUUCUGUAGCGGUCUCUUCUCUCUCAACAAUUACUGCUUCAUCACAUCGCUACUUUCUCUCGCUCAGUUUAACUUGCUAACUAAGUUCUCUUGAUCAGGAAUGGCCAUGCAAACUGCUACCCCUUCAGCUCCUAGUGCCCAAGUGGUUGGAAAUGCUUUUGUUGAGCAGUACUACCAUAUUCUUCAUCAGUCCCCUGAGUUGGUUCACCAGUUUUACCAGGACACAAGUGCGUUAAGUCGCCCAGAAUCAGAUGGUGUGAUGACAACUGUGACAACCAUGAAAGAUAUCGAUGAUAAGAUAUGUUCCUUGGACUACAAGAACUACAAGGCAGAAAUAAAGACUGCUGAUGCUCAGGACUCUUAUAAGGACGGAGUGAUUGUGCUUGUAACUGGGUGCUUGACUGGAAAGGACAAUCUGAGAAAGAAAUUCACUCAAACCUUUUUCCUUGCUCCACAAGACAAAGGAUAUUAUGUUUUGAAUGAUAUCUUUAGGUAUGUUGGUGAGAAUGAAUCGGACACCAGUGCAGGGGAAAUUAUUGGAGUUGACAACACACUACCUUCAAAUUAUCAGACCCCGGAUUCAGAGCCUGCUGAAGUAUUGGAUAUUCCCAACCUGAACCAGGCAACUUCUCAAACAGAGGAUGUUGAAACUGUUGAGGAGAAAGCUGAUGACCUAGUGAAUGAUGAGAUGCAAGUUAGUAACGAUAUUGAUAUUCCGGUGGUAGUUGAAUCUUAUUUGGACGAGAAUCACAUAUCCACAGUUGCAGAAUCAGCUACUUCCUCCUCCCAAGAGGAUGCUCCAAAGGAGUCAUAUGCUUCAAUUUUAAGUUCACAAUCAAAGAAGAGGCCAACCAAAGUUUAUGUACCUGCUAAUACAUUGAGAGUGGCUCCUUCAAUAACUGAAAAGCAGUCAAUUAAUUCAGCAGUGCCUGCUUCAGGCCCUGAACCAUCAAGCCCAACUGCACCUGUUAAUGAACCUGAAAGUCAUGAUACCGAGGAUGAAGGUGAGGGUCACUCUAUUUAUAUCCGCAAUUUGCCUCUAAAUAUAACGGUUGCUCAGCUUGAGUUUGAAUUCAAGAAAUUUGGACCUAUUAAGAAAAAUGGGGUCCAAGUCAGAAGUUCAAGUAGCAAGCAACAAGGAUUCUGUUUUGGUUUUGUUGAAUUUCAAGAGUUCAGCUCCGUGCAAAGUGCAAUUAAGGCUUCACCCAUAACUAUUGAGGAUCGUCAAGCUGCAGUUGAAAUAAAGAGGACUGCUACUCGAGUUGGUAGUGCGAGGGGCCGUUUCACUUCUGCUCGUGGUGGCUUUCGAAGUGACAGCUUCAGGGCUCGUGGAAAUUUGAAUCCUGGCUGGGGCUAUGUGAGAAGCGACAGUUUCAGGGCUCGUGGGAACUUUAGCAGUGGGCAUGGUGGAGAAGGUUAUCAAGGAAGAGGGAGAGGUGGUCGUCGUGAAGGCCCAAGCCAGAAUGCCACUUCAACGUAAAUUUUUGCCCGAGCUAUAUUGGUGGCAAUUUUGACAGAUUGUCGUUGCCUGUGUGAGCACCUUAGCUGAAACAGUAAAAAAAGUUGGCCAUGUAGUUUCUAGGAUUGCCUGAAAAUGAAUGGCUUUUGGUGUAGGAUUUAUCAUUCUUUCUAACAAAGUUUUGCGCAUGGAGUACUGGACUUGUUCAGAGUAGAGCAAUAUAACUCGUGCAAGCAACAAAUCCUUGUUUUCUAUUGGUGGAAAAAAGGUAUUCAUUUCUACUUGAGGUUUUGUAA